AGCUUGGAAACAGGGCUGUGGGAGAGAGGAGCUGUGAUUGCAGAUCGUUCCCCCCUGGCCUAGCUGAAUCUGACACCUUGUUGGGGUCUCGGUCUCUGAAGGACAGUGACAAUUUUCAGAAGAAGAGGAUGUUUAGCUAGAGCAGAGGACACGGUUGUACAGCGAGAGUCUGAUCUACCUCUCCUCCUGAAGGAGGACCUCUCCAUCCUCUACAGAUUGACAUUACCCCUCUUGAGCAUCAAUGAUGCAAGCGAGAUAUUCUGUGGCGGACCCCAAUGGUCUGGGUGUCGUCCCUUAUCUGAGUGAGCAGAACUACUACAGAACAGCUGGGACUUACGGGAGCAUGGCCACCCCCAUGAGUGUGUACACCGGUCAUGACCAAUACACCUCGGGGAUGAGCAGGUCUUACGGACCCUACCACCACCAGGCAGCAGCCCCAAAGGAUCUGGUUAAACCUCCAUACAGUUAUAUCGCUCUUAUCACCAUGGCCAUUCAAAAUGCUCCUGAUAAGAAGAUCACGCUGAAUGGAAUUUAUCAGUUUAUUAUGGAUCGCUUCCCUUUCUAUCGUGAAAAUAAACAAGGAUGGCAAAACAGCAUCAGACACAACCUGUCCCUCAACGAAUGCUUCGUGAAAGUCCCACGGGAUGACAAGAAGCCAGGGAAAGGUAGCUACUGGACUCUGGAUCCUGAUUCCUAUAACAUGUUCGAAAAUGGGAGCUUUCUCCGAAGGAGGAGGAGGUUUAAGAAGAAAGAUGCUUCCAAAGAAAAAGAUGAGAGGAACCACAAAGAUCAGAGCAAGCUGCAAACUUCGAUCUCCAGCAUAGACAUUCCAAAGGAUGUUAUCCAUGAGAAGAAAAUUGUCAUCAAAAGCGAAUCCCCGGAGCUACCGGUUAUCACAAAAGUGGAGAACUUAAGCCCUGGUGGUGGCAGUGCCAUGCAAGACAGCCCUAGAAGUGUGGCAUCCACUCCAUCAGCCUCUACCGAGAGUUCACUCCCUGAUCACCACACAGUCAGCAAUGGUCUGUCGGGCUUCAGCGUUGAGAACAUCAUAACUUUAAGGACUUCUCCUCAAGGGGAACUAAGUCCGGUGCCAACUAUCCCGUGUAGGACGGGGAUGGUCCCCUCGUUGCCCAUCAACUAUGCACAGACUCAGACCUCUAUCUAUAGUCAGGCAUGCACACAGGGAAUGGACACUAGUGGGAGCUAUCAGUGCAGUAUGAGGGCCAUGAGCCUGUACACGGGUGACAGGUCAAGCCACAUGUGUGUGCCCACCACCAUGGAAGACACCAUCUCAGAUCAUCACAAUGGCACCACAUCUCCACUGAGCACCAUGAGCCUUGGGUCCAGCCAGGAUAGUGUCCUGACAUCUAGUCACCACCAGCAAAAUGGGACAGCAGGGCAGACAGCAUCCUGGUACCUCAACCACAGUGCAGAUCUUAACCACCUCUCUGGGCACACUUUCGGGUCGCAACAGCAGACUUUCCCAAAUGUGAGAGAAAUGUUCAACUCCCACCGCCUUGGGAUUGAAAGCUCAGCCCUCAGUGACCACCAGGUGAGCGGUAACACAAGCUGUCAGAUCCCCUAUAGAUCAACGCCUUCCAUAUACCGCCACACCACCCCCUACCCCUACGACUGCACUAAGUACUGAUUAAAGCCAGGUUGUCCGGACUGUGUUCAGUGACAUCUUAAUGAAAAAAGAAAAUGACUUGUUUUAAAGAGUCUAGAAAGCAAAGACUAGCAUUGGCAUUUACAUCGGUAAAUAUACACUAUAUAUAUAUUUACAAGUAACAUUUACUUGAACAAAACGGAGAUAUAUUUACCAUAAAGGAAAUUGACAGAUAUCUGCUAAAAUGUGUGACCUUGUUGAAGGACCAAACCUUUGUAAUCUCCUUUUGUACUGGGAAUAGAUUUGAAAUAUCUAAUUUCUGUAAAAUAUGUGAAGCGGGCUGUUUAGAGUCAUUUUAUUAUAAUAUUUAAAGUUGAGUUCACUGGAUUAUUUUGGUUAAUUCUGCCAGCAAAUAUGAAUUGCUAAACUGAAACAAACACCUAGUGCUUUAUUCAUAGUGUCUGUAUAAUUCUAGUAUUUCUUACAAUUACCUUCCACUUUCUUAUUGAAAAAAUAGGAAUAUAAUUUAUUUUUUCCUCUUGAUGGGAUAAAAUGGGAAAACUUGUGUUUGUUGUUUUUUUUGGGGGGGAGAUUUUUUGAGACUCUGACCAUUCCCAAAAACGUAUGUUGUGUCUGUUUGGUCCAAUUGUAUUUUAUAUUAAAUAAAUUGUUUUUUUUGUGUUACAGCUUUAAA